AAGCUGGUAAUGCAAUUCUCAUUGGGAGAGAUUUUCUCCCGUCUGGAAAGUCAACCUAGAACGUCAGGUCCUGACCAAAUAGCAUUGACCAUUCCUUAAACACAUAUCACUAACUCCAAACAAGCAAAUUAAGCACAAUCCCAACACAAACAUAACCAAAUCUUGAACCAUUCUACCAUUCUAUCACUUAGACCAUAUAUUAAUUAUACCAGGAUAGAGGAAGAAUUAAGAAUAGCAAUAACCCUUUACUUAAAGCCCUUCACCGAGAGUUUUUCACCCAUAGAUUUUCCACCCAUCAUCACCCUCACUAAGUAACAUUCGUCGCCAGCAUCCUCCUUCCUCCUCCUCCUCCUCCUCUUCCUUCUUUUCUUUCUUCUUUGUUGUUCCUUCUUGUUUUUCUUCGCGUUCCAAUCUCAACAGAAAUGCAGGAUAUGUUCCAGACCAUCUCAACUUAGUGGAGAAAGUGUUAUCAGACAAAGAAGUAAAAUUUAAGAUAUGCAAAAAGACCUUACUCGGUCUCUGAGACAAUCCGACUGGAGUGGCUAUCACAGAAGUAGGGAGAAAUAAAAUGCUCAUUAGCUUUAAAAACAUUACCUAUGGAUUAAAGAUUCUCCACAACGGCUCGUGGAAUAUCAGGGAUAGUCUAAUAAACCUGCAGUAUUAGUCUCAAGAUGUUUCAAUCUAUGAGGUAAGUCAUGAAUACAUGGAAUUCUGGAUUCAAGUACAUGGAGUUCCAGUUGAUUAUAUGAGAGUGAAAACAACUAGAGCCAUAGGCAAUAUGAUGAGAAUAUUGGCAGAAGUCGAGAACCCAAUAGUGGAUGGUGUACUAAUGAGAGAAUUUCUCAAGUUCGAAGUAGCGAGAGAUGCCACCAAACCACUACAAAUUCAGGCUUCUGGAUCAAGAGAGGAGAGCGUCCGUGGAUUAGCUUCAAAUAUGAAAGGCUACUAGAUGCAUAUUGCCUUAACUGUGGCAUAAUAGGCCACGAUAAGAGAAGCUGUCAGAACCCACCCGCGAUGGCGAUGUCAGGAUAAAAUGGGAUCGAACAUAGCAAAAAUUUGACCCCGCGUCAUCGCCACUCUCAACACACAUUCCUCUUUCUUCAUCAUUCACUUUCUCUCUCUUCUUCAAGAUGUCCCAUCAUGCCAGCUUGCCUCCACUCCCAUUCACACUCACUUUCUCCCUCCUCCUUCCUCACUCUCACCACUCAAACUCGUCUUCAGUAGCAUAAGCAUUAACUCAGUUAGUUAACUUAAUUACUGUUAGUUAAGUUAACUGAAGCCCAAUGCCCGACCACCUCACACCGCCAACAAUGAACGACCAGCUCUCCAAGCAAACAUCAAUCUUCGGUCUCCGCCUCUGGGUGGUCGGCGGUGUCUGCGUCGGCGCCGCCAUUGUCCUCAUCCUCGUCCUCAUCUCCCUCUGGCUCGCCUCCAAGCUCUCCACAACCAAUAAGAGAAACCGCCACACCAUUCCCGACGUCUCCAAAGAAAUCCAAGAAAUCAAGAUAGAGCCCACCCAUUCGUCUUCUUCUCCCAAGCCCGUUGGGCUUCCCUGCCAGCCCGACCCCACUCCUGAGCCGGACCCUCACCCGCCGCCACCAGAAGCAGAAGAAAGCAACAACUACAACAACGCGGCUUUGGGGUUUAAGAGAAUUCAGUUUGAGAUUGGGAAGAACCACAGAAUAUCGUACCCGGAACGGGCUUUCGUGAGGUCAUCUUCGCAAUCGAAUCACGGAAGCGGAGAGGCAUUGGAGCAUAAUCAGCAGGCUCCUACGGUGAUCCCUGAGGUCUCGCAUUUGGGUUGGGGACACUGGUACACCCUCAGGGAGCUUGAAGCUUCCACCAAUAGCUUCGCCAACGACAACGUUAUCGGCGAAGGAGGCUACGGGAUUGUUUACCACGGCAUCUUCAACGACAACACUCAUGUUGCCAUCAAGAAUUUGCUCAAUAAUAAAGGUCAAGCUGAGAGAGAGUUCAAGGUUGAGGUGGAAGCUAUAGGGCGAGUUCGGCAUAAGAAUCUGGUGAGGUUGCUCGGGUAUUGUGCUGAAGGUGCUCAUAGAAUGCUUGUAUAUGAGUACGUUGAUAACGGAAACUUGGAGCAAUGGCUGCAUGGCGAUGUUGGACCUUGUAGUCCUCUCACUUGGGAAAUUAGAAUGAACAUAAUUCUUGGAACUGCAAAAGGAUUAGCUUAUCUUCACGAGGGGUUGGAACCCAAAGUUGUUCAUCGCGACAUUAAAUCGAGCAAUAUUUUGAUUGACAAGCAAUGGAAUUCAAAGGUGUCUGACUUUGGACUUGCUAAACUCCUUGACUCUGAUAGCAACUACAUUACGACUCGUGUAAUGGGUACAUUCGGAUACGUAGCUCCUGAAUAUGCAAGUACUGGCAUGUUGAAUGAACGAAGCGAUGUGUAUAGUUUCGGAAUCCUUAUAAUGGAAGUAAUUACAGGCAGGAAUCCUGUUGAUUAUAGUCGGCCAUUGGAGCAGGUAAAUUUAGUUGACUGGCUAAAGAAGAUGGUUGGUAACAGAAAUGCAGAGGGAGUGUUGGAUCCCAAACUCCCUGAGAAACCGAAUUCAAGGGCCCUAAAGAGAGUACUUAUUGUAGCAUUGCGCUGCACAGACUCAAAUGCACAAAAGCGGCCUAAAAUGGGACAUAUUGUACACAUGCUUGAAGCUGAAGAAUCCCCUUACAAAGAGGAUCGUAGAGCUAGAAGGGAAUCGGGAUACACGCCCAAGAAUAAAGUAAACGACAAUCCAAAAGAGGAGGCAACUGUUUCCAGCGAUGAUUGUAGAACUGAAAGUGGGAUGCAGGACAAUGAGACAAAAUGAAGCUACCAAGAAGCGAAGCUGAGUAUAGAAUUUGCUGCUGGGGUCUCGCUUAGUGACCAAAAAGAUUACGGUAACCAUCCCUCCCUAGUCCCUUUACAAUCUGUUGUAAAAACAUGCCGAAAUCAAUUUACAUCCAUGAGACUUUUACAUAUAUUGCUCUACUUUGUUUGUGGCUUCUUCCACUCAUCCUAUACCAACAAUAACCUUAACACAAGAUUUGCUUUGCUUACUUUGUCCCAUGUGUUUUUUGCAGAUGUGCUUUUAAUUUAAUGUCAAUCAUGUAAAUGUGCUUCAUUCAUUGAAUAAAAAAUGUUGUAAUGCUUCUCAUGCUUGAUCUGAUUAUGUGAUUGAAAGUUUGUACUUUGUAACAUAUUGUAGCACCCAGCAGGUCAUGUUGAGAUAUAAAUACUCAAUUGAGAUGUGUAAUUAAGUGUAAGAUUUAUGAGAGAAAUUAUAAAUGUACAUAUUAAGGUGUGAGUCCACACCCCUUAGCUGAUUGAACGAUGUAAA